CAUACUGUGGACUAUUGAGGACAUGUAUUUCCAUUGUUAGAGUGGUCACUGGGCUAUCUUGUCAAUAUAAUAGAUCAUCUUUGGCAGAGCCCAACUAAUUUAUCCUGAUCAACAGCAUCAAUAUAAAUAUUUGCUUCCAUUCCUCAACCCAACCUCGAACCAGGAACCCUCGAAACACACAGAUAUCGGUCACCCACGAAGCAUAGCUACCUCUCGCUCCACAAAAGCCACGGCCCGUACGGAAUUAAGGAAAACAACUUCUUCAGUCUCAGAGCGAGUGACGUCGCCGAUUAAACGCUAACUAGUGUACACCGCUAACUAGCUAGACAUUUCACAUCGGUUAUAUUAUGUAAUUUCAACAAAAGGUUGAAUUUGUCAAAUAAAUGAGCUCAUGCGCUGAGCAUGAAUUCCAUUGCAGUAGGUGGCGAUAGGUGGCUGGAUGUUGAGGUAUAGAGUAGUGUUGUCAACAGCGUAGAAGGACUGGAAGAAACCGAGAACGCUCGCUCGAGCUCUUGCAAAAAGAAUGAAUAGAUAGCGGAAGAGAAUCGAGGAGGAAUUCUCAACUCAUCAGGGUUGAAAAAGAGUAGAUUAACGUUACAUUCUUGCAGAAUUUACUAUAACUCACAAAUAAUGGCGACUAAAAGGACGGUAAUAGUGACAGGGUUUGAACCUUUUGGCGAUCACACCGUGAAUGCUAGCUGGGUGGCAGUGCAGGAACUGGAGCGGUUGGGCUUGGGUCAGAGUGUGGACCUAUAUGUCUGUGAGGUGCCAGUGGAGUACCAGGCAGUUCAGAGUUUACUGCCAUCUCUAUGGAAACAGCAUCAGCCACAGUUGGUGGUCCAUGUCGGGGUCUCUGGGAUAGCCACCACAGUCACCCUGGAGAAAUGUGGACACAACCACGGCUACAAGCGGGUGGACAACUGCAGCUUCUAUCCAGACUCUCAGUGUUGCAUGGACGGUGGUCCUGACUGCAUCGAUUCAGUCAUAGACAUGGACCUAGUCUGCAAGAGGGUCAACUCCUCAAGGCUUGGCGUGGCAGUGUCAGUAUCAAAGGAUGCAGGCCGAUACCUGUGUGACUACACCUACUACACGUCGCUGUACCUGGGGAAGGGCAGGUCAGCGUUUGUGCACGUUCCUCCACUAGAGAAGCCCUACAGUGCCCAGGACCUAGGCAGAGCCUUGCAGGCCGUAGUGGGGGAGAUGCUGGAGCUUGUGGGUCAAUCUGAGGAUGAUGACCAUGACCACCACCACUGCAGCCACCAGCACCAUCAGCAUGCUCACUAAAGAAUGACUUCCGGUGACCUCUGUCCUCAACUCACUGCUCCUGUCCCCAAUGGACAGAUAAAGCACUUAAAGCUGGAAUCCUUAAUUGAAACAAUAACAAAGUGGUGACCCUGCCUCUGUUUUGGUAAAAACCUGAGGGAUGGGCCGGAAGAAAUGUAACCACUCUCAAAUUCAUAGACAGAGCUAUAUUCACGGACUGACCAUCCAUGAUUUCAAAAUGAUAGUUUUAACCAUGUUUUGAGGCUAUACAGUGUUUGUUUACAUUUACAAACAUUGGAGUACAACAAGCUUAUAUUAUGGGUUCUGAUGGUGUAUGAAAUUUGAACUAAGCUCAUGAGGCAUUCAUACGUUGUAUUCGUCAAGAAUCAAUGGUUAUAUAGCACAAGUCCAAAAAUGUAUGUAGCAUCUAAGGAUUCUAACUUUAAGGACAGAUACAACUGAUACCCCACUAAGCAGUAGCUAAAGCGAGGGCUAUCAGCACUCCCCCUGAACUAGAGAAAGGGAGAGUAUAUGAAUGAGUAUAUGAAUGAGAAUAGGCAGAGCAAUGGAUGUAUCCAUCCGGGUAGGCUGGUGGGAGGAGCUAUAGGAGGACAGGCUCAUUUUAAUGGUUGGAAUGGAAUCAAUUGAAUGGUACCAAACACUUGGAAACAGCGUGUUUGACUCGUUCCAUUGAUUCCAUUCCAACCACUACAAUGAGCCGAGCCUCCUCCGGUAUACACGUAUAUUAUAUCAAUGGCUCUAGGUGUUGUUAUUUGACUGUAUUUCACAAAGAAACUGUUUUUUAAAAUUGUAUUUAAUCUUUAUUUAACAAGGAAAGUCAGUUAAGAACAAAUUCUUAUUUACAAUGACAGCCUACCAAAUGACCUCCUGCGGAGAUGGGGAUGGGAUUAAAAAUAAAAUAUUGGACAAAACACACAUCACGACAAGAGAGACAACGCUACAUAAAGAGAGGCCUAAAACAACAACAGCAUAGCAGCAACACAAGACGACACACUGUAAUGGUCCAAUAAAUGAUGCUGUAGAUGAGAGAACCAUUGGCUACGUUUUAAACCCAUAAAAGACACACCCUAGUCCACUAUCCUCACUUUAUGCAAUGCCCUUGGAGUAAUCCCUGCGGCCAUCUUGGUCGUCGGUCGAAAUGAUUAGCCAAAGCAAGGGAAGUUCGCAACGUAAAUCCCUCAGCCCUCGUUUUUGAUAAGAUUUUGCGAGUGUACAAUUAUGUUCACUUCGGGGCUUGAAACGCCCCAUAAAUCAAUUCGCGUCACGUAAAAGUAAUUAUGUUUUUGUUUGGAUAGCUUUUUGGAAAUUGUAUAAAUAAAACAUGUUCCUUCAUCAGAAGUUCCAGCUAGGCAGGCUAACGUUAGUUAAGCUAAUUAAUUUGCUAGCUAUCAUACAGUAAGCGUAUAUUAAUAACUAUAUAGUUAAUAUAAGUAGACAUGCAAUCAUAAUUGACUGUAGCGCAUAUAAAGCACCCACAAGCUACCGGUGGCUAAAAACACAAUAUUCGCGGGACGAACGAGUGACGAAUUUCCGGGCAAGGGCAGUCCAUUUAAAAUUCCUUCCUCCCUUGCCCUACAAGUGUAAACUCGUCAGACGUCAUGGGACGUCAUCAGAAGUUUGAGGGGAGAGGGUGUGUCUUUUAAGUGUUUGGAAUGCAGCCAUCUUUGGAUAUUCAGUACUUUUAAGCCACAUCGUCCUGACAGCUGUAUGACUGACUGCCUGCUUCUUUCUCACUAUUUUAAAUAGUUCCCUUUUUAGUUCCUUAUUCCCCUCAUAAAUCACUCUCGCUUUGACAUAAUGGUCAACGCAGCGUGCCAUUUCUUUUACCAUCUCUAGCCCCCCUCAUCAUGUGUUUAUUAUUUGUUGUGAAAUUGUACAAUAUCAGUAUAUUGUAUAGUGUACAAUAUAUUUUUUGAUUAAUGUACUUCAACCAUGUGUUAUUAUCUCAGGUAAUUUAUUGCAUAUACAAUCAAUAUUUGUAAUGUGAUGAAUAAUGAUAUGGACAUUUUUAUUUUGUCUUUGGUAUCUGUAUUCUCUACUUCAGAAUAUGGUCUAAUGCUGUGAUUAAACCACUUAAAGAAAAAUUUAAGCCAAUAAGCUUAAGCCAUACCAAGUAAAAUAACUAUUGGUAAACCUGUA